AUGAACUCUAACACUAACAAUAAUGCAGCUACCAUUGAACAACAACAGCUCCUACAAUUGUCAGAUAGGGCUAAAGAUUUACACGACAAAAUGCUGUUAACCGCCAAUAAAGUAUACACUCAGCAAGAAAUUCAGGAUUUAAUGGGAUUAAACAAUUUACAAGACCUUAUGCUGAUUGUUCAAGAACUACUAAAUAAUAAUUUAGUCAAAUUAAUGAAACAAAACAAUCAGUUAAAAUUCCAAGCUGUUAGUAUAAAUGAGGCAUUUAAGAAGUCUAAAAUGAGCGCAGAUGAAAGCUUAGUUUAUUCAUAUAUUGAAAGUAGUGGUAGAGAGGGUAUUUGGAUUAAAACCAUCAAAGCUAGAACAAACUUGCACCAGCAUGUUGUCAUGAAAUGUUUGAAAAAUUUGGAGGCUGCAAAAUAUGUUAAAAGUAUUAAAAAUGUUAAGUACCCAACUAGAAAAAUAUAUAUGUUAUACAACUUACAACCCUCGAUUGAAGUUACUGGUGGCCCUUGGUUCACUGAUGGCGAAUUAGACGUCGAGUUUAUUAAUAGUUUGUUAACCAUCAUUUGGAGAUUUAUUGCAGAGAAAACCUAUCCUAACGGCUUCAAUAAUUUUGAACAAAGCGAACGUGAUGAGAGUAACAACGAAAAUAACGGCAAGUUAUUUAGUUACAAUGUAAAAAAUUAUGCAUCUGCACAAGAAAUAUUGAAUUUUAUUAAUUCUUCGAAUAUAUCUAAAGUGGACUUGUCAACCCACGAUAUUAUCUCCCUGUGCGAAUCAUUGCGUUAUGAUGACAAACUAGAGAAAAUCGGAUUUGAUAGCUAUAAAGUUACAUUAAAUAGUAUAGUGCAAAUGAAUUCAGGAAGCGAUUUAUUACAGACAGUGCAAACAAAGAAUAGUAACAAUAGGAGAAGAAAUGAAACUUUCAAUAUAUUUAAAUUUACCAGCUAUAUCUCACCCUCAAGAUCUGAUAAAGAGGGUGUCUAUUUUGAUGAAUGGAUUUUGUAA